AUGGCGCUCGUCAAAAGGAAAUUAUAUCAGCGCUUGCUGUUCUUUCUCGUUUUUCUUCCAAUAUCAGGUGUUUUAUGCUUUAGUGAGUUAUUUUUCAUCAAGGAGCCCCGUGAUGUCACUGUCAUGCGGAAGGAAGCGGUUAUUGACUGUCAGGCACAUGGAGAGUCACCCAUCGACGUCAGGUGGCUCAAAAAUGGAGUAAAAGUUUUGGAGAACGAACGGGUGUACCUGCUCGCGAACGGCUCCCUUUUUAUUUCAGAGGUGGAGAACAGAAGAGGAGACAAAUCAGAUGAAGGGCUCUAUCAGUGCCUCGCUCAGAACAAGUAUGGAGCUAUCCUGAGCCAGAAAGCCCGUCUUACAAUCGCAAGUUUAUCUUCUUUUACAAUCCAGCCAAUGUCAAUUGUGGUGACCCAGAGCUCAGUCGCCAGGUUUUCGUGCAAAAUCAGUGCUCACCCUCCUCCAAUCAUCACCUGGGAGUUCAAUCGUGUCACAUUACCCCUCACCACUGAAAGAAUCACAGUCCUGCCCAGUGGUGUUCUCCAGAUCUAUGGCGUGCAGCGAUCAGAUGCAGGAAAUUACCGCUGCAUUGCUACCAAUAUUGCCAGCCGUCGUCGAAGUGUGGAGGCCACCCUUACAGUCACUCCAGCUCCAAACCCACAGCUUCCCCAGAGGCCUCGCAUCAUCGCAGGGCCGCAGAACAUUUCAGUCACACUGCACCAGAAUGCCAUCCUGGAAUGCAUGGCUACAGGAAAUCCACGACCCAUCAUCUCCUGGAGCCGCGCGGACAGCAAGUCAAUAGACGUUUACAACACCAAAGUGUUGGGGAAUGGUAACCUCAUUAUCACAGACAUCAAGCCUCAGCAUGCAGGAGUCUACAUGUGCAGAGCCACUACACCCCGCACACGGAACUACACUGUCGCUGCAGCCAAUGUCACAGUUUUAGCACCACCCUCCUUGGUUGAAUGGCCAGAGAGCGUGACCCGUCCCCGUGCCGGCACUGCCCGCUUUGUGUGCCAAGCUGAUGGAGUUCCAACUCCUCUAAUCUCUUGGCUAAAGAAUGGAGAGAGAGUUCACUCCAACGGUCGGAUUAAGAUGUACAACAGCAAACUGGUCAUCAACCAGAUCAUCCCGGAGGACGAUGCCAUCUAUCAGUGCCAGGCAGAGAGCGAGCAGGGAUCGGUUCUCUCCAUGGCGAGGCUCAUUGUGGUGAUGUCUGAGGAUCGGCCGAGUGCUCCCAGGAAUAUCCGAGCCGACACUGUGUCGAGCUCUGCCAUCCUUCUGGCUUGGGAGAGACCUCAAUAUAACUCGGAUAAAGUUAUCGCUUACUCUGUGCACUAUGUUAAGGCUGAAGGAUUAAACAAUGAAGAAUAUCAAGUGGUCAUUGGAAAUGAUACAACUCGCUACAUUAUUGACGACCUGGAGCCAGCUCGCAACUACACCUUCUACGUGGUGGCCUACAUGCCCAUGGGAGCCAGUCGAAUGUCUGAUCACGUGUUCCAGCACACACUCGAGGAUGUUCCUGUCCGCGCCCCUGAGCUCAGCCUUACCAGUAACAGUCCCAUGGACAUCCAGGUGUCUUGGCAGCCCCUUCCAGACAAGCUGAGUCGGGGAAGAGUCUCGGCAUACCGAUUGUCUUAUCGCACCAGUGCUGACAACACAAUCUCUCAGGUAGAGCUACCUGGAAAGAAGACCCAGCAUCCACUGGAAAACCUGCAGCCUGACACCAUCUACCUCCUGCGUAUUGCUGCUGCCACAAGUGUAGGGUGGGGGGAUCAAUCUGCUUGGACAUCCCACCGCACUCCGAAAGCAUCCAGUGCCCAAGUUCCUCUAGCCCCUAACCUCCACUUGGAGCCUCUAAACUGCACCACUAUAGUGGUGCGCUGGCAGCUCGCACCCAGGAAUUCAGCCAGUGUCCAAGGAUACAGACUCUUCUACCACGAGGAGAGUCAGCCAGAGAGCACCCCGCUUCAGUUGCGUGCUUCAGCUCAUACCCACACUAUCGGAGGCCUUGACCCACGAAAGAAGUACCAUGUUAAACUUCUGGCAUAUAAUUUUGUCGGAGAUGGAUACCAGGCAGACCAGACUAUCAGCACCCCUGGAUGUGUCUCUGUUAGGGAUCGCCUGGUGCCACCGCCACCGCCUCCACACAAUGUGUACACCAAGACUAACAGUUCCACUGCCAUAUUUCUGCAUUGGGGUCGACCAGCCUUCACCUCCAGCCAGGCGGUCAACUACACUGUCCGCUGCAACCCAGUAGGCCUGCAGAACGCCUCCCUGGUGCUCUACCUGCAGACGAAUGAGCAGAGACUCCUGGUGCGAGAACUGGAGCCCAACACCAAGUAUGAGUUUGCCAUUCGACUUCACAUUGACCAGCUCUCCAGUCCCUGGAGCCCCGUGGCCUAUCAGAGCACUUUCCCUGACGCUCCCACUCUGUCCCCCUCUAAUGUGAAAGUGACUCUGAUUGAAGUGGACACAGCGCUGGUUUCAUGGAAACCUCCAGAGGAUCCCAACGUAGCUGUUACACAUUACACCAUCCUGUAUGCCACCAGACACGCCUGGAUCGCUGGGGAAUGGCAAGUGCUGCAAAGAGAAGGGAGCAUCACCAUGGCUCUGCUGGAGAACCUGAAGCCCGGCCACAUUUACUUUGUGAAAGUUUCUGCAUCCAACAACAUGGGCGACGGUCCUUUCUCUCAAACAGUGGAGCUGACGGUGCGAGCAGAUCUCUCAUCUGGUCAUGAUCCGCGACUCCCGCGAGGCUCAACACAAUCAACAGCCUUUUCUGAUGGCUUCUACCACCUUGACCAAAAGUCAAUGACAGGCAUCACUGUGGGAGUCUGCAUCGCUUUCAUCUGCAUCAUCAUCUGCGCUUUCAUCAUCGUUUGCAGAGGCAAAAACAGGAAACUUUCAGCAGUAAAAACAAACGGUGAAGGAUUGAGCACAGCUGCAAGUGCAGGACAUCUGGGCUCUGAGAGACAAGCUGAGAACGCUGAUGUGACCGUGCCAAUGAUGAGCCAAGAACAUUUCAUUGAUAGCAAGGGUGGAACAAACCUCAUUAUUAAUUCUCUGGGCCCUGUUCAGUCCAGCACUGAGAAGAAAGAGAAAUGGUUUUCCUUCAGCAGUAACAUGAAGAAGGACAAUAAAGCAGCACAGAGCAUGAGACAAGGAGCUGCCUCCUACCACCCUGGUACCACAGUGUUGACCUUUGAAGAGGAGCUGGCCCUUUCUCCAGACCAGCCCAGCACACUGCAGGCGCUGCUCUGGAGCCCCGGGGACACAGAGGGCUCCUCCAACAGCGAGGGCAGCCACGCAACUGGUGACUCAGGCCGUUACUCCCACGACGAGACAGAGAUGACCAACCUGUCAUCUGGACACAGCAGCCGUCCGCCGUCUCUGUCAGCGGAGGACAGUGGAGACUCUGACUGCAGUAACCCUGCUGAGGAGCCGCUGGAGCUGAUAGAGAACAGCCAGACUGACCGGUCCAUUCAGAGCUACUGCUGUCAACAAGAAGCACAGAACAGCUCUCAGUCUGUGCUCUCUCUACAAGUGUGUGGGCGUGUGGCUGAGUGUGUGUGA